AUGGAUGGCAAGGGUCGGCAAUCAUCCGCCGGCAAGUUCUUUGGGCGACGGCACAAGGAGAAGGAUAAAGCUGGCAACGAGAGACCCGUCACCUCCACCACCGACAGCCCGCCGGGGAGCUCGUAUGGCUCGCAGUCUUCACGGCACUCCCAUAGACACAGCACCUCAGCCGCCUCAAUCGAUCGGCCUGUAUCCUUGGUAGCAGAGGGCAUCUUUGCGCGAGCCGGCCCCGUAUCAUCCAUUGACCCCCCGCGAGACGACACAGCACGAAUGGGCGAGCCGCUGCCACACCACCUCAACAAGGGCGGCGGAGACUUUCACCAGUACCCAGUCUUUACCGCGCCCUCGACGCCCCAGAAUGGGUAUAGCACUCCGCCGCCGCGCCCCCCACCGCACACGCACACGCAGACCAUUGCCUCGAGCCAACCUGGCGACCGCGGCGUGUCCACGCAGCAGUGGGGCACGCGAGAGCCCAACAGGAAUCCAAACUAUAGCUACUAUGCGGCAACAGACUCGUCCAACAACACGCGCGCCUCCUCGGACCAGGCGAGCAUCUACAGCAAUGACUCCAAGAGUCGCAGCAGCAAUAUCUUCUUCCCGCAGAAUCCUUCUCAGUCCACCUUUUCGUCAAUUGGCCUUGAUGCGGGGAGCUUGCUCCCCACGGCGGCCUCCACUCCCCGCGACUCGCACCGCCACAUGAUGCACCACAAUUCGUCGUCACCGUCCUCCUCGACUGCCUCGAUACAAAGACCACCAGACCAUGUUGUAGAGAAGGAGUUUAUGAAGCUCAUGGUGAAGCGGGGAUAUAAGAGCUUGCCCGAGCAGGCGCAACGCCAGAUGGAGGCAUACAAGAUUGAUAAGAAGUGGACAUUGGUCUACCAGGAUAAAUUGGCAGAGCUCAAGCAUGAAGAAAAGAAGCGCCAGACGCAGACGCAGCGGAUAACAUAUGGGGGUGGUGCGAACCCAGAUAUCUUGAUGCGGGCCGAAGAGGAGGGAUCGCCUGAGUGGUAUGUCAAGAAGGUCAUGGACAACUCGAUUACCAUAAAGCAAAUGUCGAGUCUGGAAAUCAGCUUAAGGACACAGCCAAUCGCUUGGGUCAGGGGCUUCAUCGAAGCGCAGGGCCAAAUCGCCCUCACGAAUGUGCUCACCAAGAUCAAUCGCAGGAAGGGGCAAGGGCCGGCUCCUCCACCCAGCGUUAUGGCGCAGAAGGCGGAGAACGACGUGGAGCGCGAGUACGAAAUCAUCAAAUGCUUGAAGGCGUUGAUGAACAACAAAUAUGGCGCAGAUAACGCCCUGCACCAUCCAUCCAUCAUUCAAGCGCUGUGCAGUUCUUUGAUAUCCCCACGCCUCAACACAAGAAAACUUGUCUCGGACGUCUUGACGUUUCUCUGCCAUUGGGGCGAAGGGUCUGGACACGAGAAGGUUCUCCAAGCGCUCGACAACCUCAAGGCGCAAUAUGGCGAAAGCAGUAGAUUCGAUGCCUGGAUGCGCAUGGUGGAAGUUACUGUCGACGGCCGCGGCAAGAUGGGCUCUAUGGUUGGCGCCUCAGACGAAGUACGCAGCGGAGGCAUUGGCGUGGAGAACUUGUUGAUGGAAUAUGCAAUCGCCACCCUCUUCCUCAUCAACAUGGUCGUGGACGCUCCAGAGCGAGACAUACAGCUCAGGAUGCACAUUCGUGCGCAGUUCACAGGAUGUGGCAUCAAGCGUAUUUUCAAGAAAAUGGAAGGUUUCCAGUACGAGGUCAUCGACAAGCAAAUUGAACGGUACAUGGCCAACGAGGCCAUUGACUACGAAGACUUCCUCGAAAAGGAGAACAGCUCCAUGGUAGAUAGCGUCGAAGGCGAAACCAAGGACUUAAACGAUCCCUCACAGAUCGCAGACGCUAUCAUGAACAAGAUUGCCGGUAGCAGGACGCAGGAUUAUUUUAUCUCGUCCAUGCAACACUUGCUGCUUAUGCGAGAUACUGAAGGCGAGGAUCGGCAGAGAAUGUUCCAGUUGGUGGAUCAGAUGCUGAGCUACGUGGCUAUGGACCGCAGAUUGCCAGACAUGGAUCUAAAGCAGAGCUUGAACUUUACUGUUCAGUCCCUGUUGGAUAAACUGUAUACCGAUUCCGAGGCCCGACAAGUGCGAGAUGAGGCGAUCGAAGCACGCCAAAUUGCCGACUCGGCGAUUGCUGAGCGCGAUGAAAUGAAAGCCCAACUCGAGCUCGGCGCAGAUGGCUUAGUUCAGAAACUGCAGAAACAGCUGGCUGAGCAAGAGCGCAUUAUCGAGCUCCGUGGUCGACAAGUCGAGCAGAUGAAGGCCGAGCUUGCAGAGGUGCAAAGAAUACGGGCGCAAGAGUUGCAACGUAAUGAAUUGGAGACUCGCGAGCUGUACUUGAUGCUUAGGGAUGCUCAAGAUGUUGCCGCGUCUGCAGCGAAGAAGUCAGGGAAGGAUGGACUGUCGACAACCGAUCCUGCGCAGAUGCAGGGCAUCAUGGAUCGCGAGCGAUUGAUGAACAGGCUCGAAAUUCAGCUGCAGAGAGCAAGGACGCAAGCUACGCUAGAGGGCAAAACGCUGCAGAUGCAGCCGAGCGAGAAGUUGAGGGAACUGAGAGAAAAGAUGGAGGGUGACAUGGCUGCUGGUAUGCAAGACCAAAGUUUCGGUGAUCUCGACACAAACAACUUCGGAUCAAUACGACGAGGGAAAAGUAGUAUACCACGCAGGAAACCGCUUCCUGGCCUCCCUGGCCAGAUCGGUGAAGAAGAUGUCAUGUCAGAAGAUGAUGAGGACAUGGUUAUCGAACAACCUCGUCUCAUAACCUUGCACAAGCCGAAGCUCAGCGCCUCGACAGCCAACGCUCUUCUGGGAGAGAUCGCCUCGAACGUCGAGCGAUAUGACGAUUCAGAUACAGAGGACGCUGGCGACGGCGUUACAACAGGACCUUCCCAUCCAAGCAUUGAUUCCGAUCCCAAGACGCCUGCAGAUGGCGAAGCCGCGAAGCCUGUUAUUCCUCCACCACCGCCACCUCCUCCCGGUGCACUCGGAUUUCCUGCUAAUAUACCUCCUCCACCGCCCAUGCCCGGCACUAAUGCUAAUAUCCCACCGCCUCCACCACCUCCUCCGCCAGGCAAGCUUGGGUUCGGUGGUCCGCCUGGAAUCCCUCCACCACCGCCCAUGCCUGGGGAUGACAGCAUGCCUCCGCCACCUCCUCCGCCACCAAUGCCUGGCGGGAAGCGCCCUGGCUUCAUGCCAAAAGCUCCUGGUUUCGCGCCAUCUGGUGCUGCUCUGUCAGGACCUCGGCCUAAGAAGAAGCUAAAGGCUCUCCAUUGGGAUAAGGUUGACCAGCCUUCGACGACUGUUUGGGCAACUCGAGGUCUCACCUCUGAAGAAAAGGAAGAGAAGUACCAGGAGCUUUCGAAGAAGGGUGUGCUCGAAGAGGUGGAAAAGCUCUUCAUGGCUAAAGAGAUCAAGGCCAUUGGCAAGAAGACUGGAAAGAAAGACGACAAGAAGCAGAUCAUAUCGCGUGACCUUAUGCACAACUUCCAAAUCAGCAUGGCCAAGUACUCGUCAUAUGCGGUUGAAGAUAUUGUAAAGAUGAUCAUCCACUGCGACAAGAAGAUCCUGGACGACACUGUAGUCAUGGACUUUUUGCAGAAGAACGACUUCUGCGACAUACCAGAUAACACUGCCAAGCUCAUGGCACCUUACUCGAAAGACUGGACUGGACCCAAUGCUGGUGAAAGUAAGCGCGAACAAGAUCCAAGCGAGCUUACACGAGAGGAUCAGAUCUUCCUUUACACCGCGUAUGAGCUACAUCCUUACUGGAAGAGUAGGAUGAGGGCCCUCGCGCUUACCCGCACCUAUGAAUCCGAGUACGACGAAAUCUCCAAUAAGCUUCUCGAAGUCUCGCGCGUAUCCGAGAGCCUACGUGAUUCGUCUGCCUUGAUCAGUGUCCUAGGACUCAUUCUCGAUAUUGGUAACUUCAUGAACGACGCCAACAAACAAGCAAACGGCUUCAAGUUGUCGACCCUAUCAAGGUUAGGCAUGCUGAAGGAUGACAAGAAUGAAUCUACCUUCGCCGAUCUUGUGGAACGCAUCGUUCGCAACCAAUACUCUGGUUGGGAAGGCUUCACCGACGAAAUCAGCGGCGUCAUCACUGCUCAAAAGAUCAAUGUCGAGCAACUCCAGACCGAUGCGAAGAAGUACAUUGACAACAUCAAGAAUAUUCAAAUGUCCCUUGACGCUGGUAAUCUGUCGGAUCCUAGUAAGUUUCACCCUGAGGAUAAGGUGUCUAUUACGGUACAGAGGAGUAUGAAGGAGGCGAGACGGAAGGCCGAACAGAUGGCCGUAUUUUUGGAGGAUAUGCAGAAGAGCUAUGAUGAUAUUAUGGCAUUCUACGGUGAGGAUCCUGCCGAUGAUAGCGCGAGGCGCGACUUUUUCGCCAAGUUGGCGAAUUUCGUGAUGGAGUGGAAGAGGUCCAGAGAGAAGAACACCGCCCUUGAAGACCAACACCGGCGCAACGAAAUCUCCAUGCGCCGCAAAGCCGCCCAAGUCCCCAAUCCACUCUCACCCAGCGCCCUUUCCUCAGAUUCGGACGCGCCCAAAUCACCCGCGUCCACCGGCGCUAUGGACGACCUGUUGCAGAAACUACGAGCGGCGAAACCCGAGGCAAGAGACCAACGGGAUCGUCGUCGUCGUGCAAGGUUAAAGGACAAGCACCAGGUACGCGUCGCAUCCGGGCAGAAGAUUCCCGAGAUUGGUGUAAACAUGGAAGAAGAAGGUGCCGGCGGGGAAGAGGAAGCAAGUAGCGAAGUCAAGGAGAAAGGUAUACUCUCACCUACCAGUGAGACUGCCGAGAGUGAAGCUAGUGCUGCAGGUGCGAUUACAAGUCCCGCAGGUACCGACGCAGAUGUUGCAGAUCGCGCGGCCGCCAUGCUAGAGGGUCUCCAAGGCGGCUCGUCCCUGAACAAAGACGGCAGUCUCAGUGUACGGCGCCGGCGAGAAAGCGCCGAUACGGAGCGCCAACGACGGCGGAACCGCAGGCAGCAGGCUAGUUCCACCAAGACCGAAGACGGCGCCCUCUUGAGCCCGUCGACCAUCCCCGAGGAACUCGAAUUCCCGGCCGACGAGGAUGAGAACGUCGCUAGAGGGCCUGAUACACCCGUCACCGUCGUCCAUCCACCUAGCCCCGAGCAAAAGGGAAGGGACUUGCCCACGCCGCCGCCGGAGGAACGGUUGUAA